CCCAGCAACUGGCGCUGCUGGUGCUCGAUUCAGGCUGAGCUACAAAGAGAAGCAUUUUGAAUUUCUCUCUCAGUCUGUUUCACUCAUCCGUGAAUAUGUCUGACGAACCGAUGCCAACUCGAUGGUCAUUCCAGGAUUUUAAAUUGUUCUAUGACGCCAAGUUUGGUAGGAAGAAAAUCUUGGAGAAUGGCGAGACAGCCGACAGUCCUGUCAGUAAUGGAAAUGGCAAUCUACAUCCCAAGAGAACAUCGGAUACGGCUAUCUAUGAGCAGUUUCAGAGCCAGGGGCAGAGUUCAAACCACUCAAAUGGUUUUUUGCCAAACAAUGUUGGUGAUAGGCCUCAGAAGUCUCUGCUUCCUCCUUUUGAAUCUGCAGAAAUGCGUAUUUUAGCUGAGAGCUUAAGUAGGGAUAUCAUCCGUGGGAGUCCAGAUGUGAAGUGGGAAAGCAUCAAGGGGUUAGAAACAGCCAAACGCUUACUGAAAGAGGCUGUUGUAAUGCCAAUCAAGUAUCCCAAAUACUUUACUGGUCUAUUAUCGCCUUGGAAAGGUAUUCUUCUCUUUGGGCCGCCAGGGACAGGAAAGACAAUGCUUGCAAAGGCCGUUGCAACAGAGUGCAAGACUACAUUUUUUAAUAUUUCUGCCUCCUCUGUUGUCAGCAAAUGGAGAGGCGAUUCAGAGAAAUUAGUUAGGGUACUAUUUGAGCUUGCUAGGCACCACGCACCCUCAACAAUAUUUCUUGAUGAGAUUGAUGCAAUCAUUAGUCAACGUGGUGAAUCACGCAGUGAGCAUGAAGCAAGUCGGCGGUUAAAAACUGAGCUACUUAUACAGAUGGAUGGCUUGACACGGACUGAUGAACUUGUUUUUGUUUUGGCGGCGACAAAUAUUCCGUGGGAACUGGACGCAGCCAUGCUCCGGCGUCUUGAGAAGCGAAUCCUUGUGCCACUUCCUGAACCAGAAGCAAGAGAAGCAAUGUUUGAGGAACUCCUUCCACCACAGCCUGGUGAGGAGCAGAUCCCCUAUGACUUACUGGUGGAGCAGACAGAAGGAUAUUCAGGUUCAGAUAUUCGGUUACUCUGCAAAGAGGCAGCAAUGCAGCCAUUGAGACGCUUAAUGUCACAACUUGAACAGAGAGAAGAGGUGGUGCCGGAAGAAGAAUUGCCACAAGUAGGGCCUAUCGGACCUAAAGAUAUAGAGAUUGCUUUGAAGAACACAAGGCCGUCUGCUCAUCUCCAUACCCACAAGUACGAGAAGUUCAAUGCUGAUUAUGGAAGUCAAAUACUGCAAUGAAAAGAAUCAGCCUUACCCAGCUUGGUAUUUUUUAUUCUAAGUUCCACUAGAUUGCCAUAGAAUGGUUAUUGCACAGCUAGGAAACUAAAACAUACUGGGGAGCCUCUCUAGACCACGGUUUUCAUACGUGGAGAUGCUACAAUUGACCCUUCAUGUCUGUAAGUACAAUGAUGCCUCAAGUUGCCCUUGAGAGUUCACGUUGGUACUUUGGUCUUAUUUUUUUAGAAUGGUAAAUAAAACAUAAAAGGCCACAGAACAUUGUCAAUUUUCGUGCUGAUAGCUACAAGCUAAUUUCUAUUAUUAUGCUUUGGCUAUUCUAGUGGGUGUUGCAGCAAUUGAAUGAUUUACAUGGCAGCUACCAAUAUGUAUGCA